AGUGAAGGGAAUCGGGUUGAUUAUGUCACAUUUAAUUCAAGAAAGGAAGUGUGACACGUGGCUCACGACUUCGUUCAUCGCUGCCAACGACUCCGACGCUGACCAAAGAUGCCGCCUAAACCUGUCCCAGCCAAGGCAGGUCAGACAUCUUCCAAGACUCCUUCAAGACAGCGUCGUCCACAAAAGCAGCAGCCUGCUCCACUGACGGAUAGACUAAAACGUCUGUUUACUUCCCUCUGCGCUCAAGUUGAUGGUGGGCACUUCACAAAUGCGAUUCGUACAUGCAAUAAGAUCUUACGUCUAGAUCCAGGCGAUCGCGAUGCACUACGGACGAAGCUCUUCCUGCUACUUCAAACCGAGCAGUACGAUACCGCCCUUACACUUAUCGCCGAAAUAAAUGAACAGUGUUUAUUUGAGCGGUCAUACGCAUUAUAUCGUCUUCAGCGAGAAGAAGAUUCUGUCCAGGUGCUAAAGGAAAUAAAGAGCAUUGGGAAAGAGGCAGAGCAAAGAGGCGCGAUGCACUUGGAGGCUCAGUUAAGCUAUCGCCAAGGAUCGUACCAGUCAUCCCUGGACAUCUACAACGAACUUCUUGAAACAGCUGAUCAUUCUUCAGAUGAACAUGCAGACAUUCUCACCAAUCUACCAGCCUCCCAAUCGCACCAGGAUUUCAUCACAACUACAUUUAUGCAAGCUAUGUCUCAACUCCCCAGCUCUAUCGCCUCAACGUUAGAAUCUGCGCCACCACCUGUUCUCUCCCAACCAGCUUCGAUUCUCGCUCCUGUGGAAGAACCUACGAAAAAGCCGGAGGCUGUGGAAACCAAAAAGAAAUUGCGGACGAAACGUGUGCCGAAGGGGAUCAUACCAGGCGUGUCGCCCCCGCCGGAUCCAGAAAGAUGGUUGAAGAAGUCUGAACGAACUAGCUAUACACAAGGGAAAAAACGGAGGGGUGCAGGAGGUGGUGCAACCCAGGGUGCAACUGUUGGCGCUGAAAGUGGCACUGUUUCUGCCGCCAUAUCGCACGGAGGAAAGACUGGUGGGAAAGGCAAGGGAGGGAAGAAAAAAUAGUGGAACGGCACGAUUACGAGCGAGCUAUAUCUCUCACUUCCAUGACAUAUGAGAUUCUUCGGGUAGAUGGAUGGAAAACUUGUCUUGUUGCAAGGGGCAUCGGAGUGCUACUUCGACGGGGGGAAACCGCUCGUCCUCCUGGCCGCGACAUGUGGGGGGACAAGAGAACUGAUUGACAUUGAAAUCUCCGGAGCUGAUCCCCCACAAGAAGAAAACAAAAUUGUAGUUGGAAAGGGAGCUAUCGGCACCGUGUACCUUGCAUGUUAAUUAUAUUUGUUCAUGUACGAUCACUCUGACGAGAUGGAUUACGUAGAACAAUCGCCAUAGGUUCAGACUUGAACAUUUGAAGCUUGAACUAUCGCAUGUAACUUUACUAUCCUUGCU